AUGAUGAUUGCAAAUGAUGACGGCCUCGACAUAAUCACGACGCUCAACCAGCAGAUCACGAUCCUUAAGCAGCAGAUGGAAGACAUGCUAGCCACGCAGCCAGGCCUUUUGGCCAUGCAGCAAAACUACCAUAAUGUCAGACAACGAACCCUUCAAUCAUGGAUCCGUCGAGCCUUUUCUCAAGAUAGUCCUACUCGUAUGGCGGCAAUCCGGGAAACAAAUCAACUUAUACAUGGCGGCGAUAUUGUGACAGACUCUCUGGUGGUCCUGGAAAGGUUUUCUGCCAACAGCUCUGAGAUACAACAAUUCUCCCUGCUAUACGGCUUGUCAGCUACUGAAUUUCAAGUAUUAGAUCCCAAGAAGUGCGUCGAAUCAACUAAGGCACUCAAUCGUAUGGCGUCAAUUUUGCUGCGCAAAAACUCCCAGAACCUUUCUGCGGCUCUCAAUGAAAGGCGAAAUGCCCUCGUGACGUGCCUCCAAGCCAAUGAAAACGACUACGAUGGGGCGGAGGUUGUCGCAACAGAAUACCUUCUCGCUGCUCAGGCAGCUGAGCUCGUUACAGAAGCCGUUGCUGAAGCUGCCGCGAAAGCCGCUGCCGAGGUAGGCGGAAUGGUGAUAGAAAUAAUGGAUACUGUGAAUGGGGACACCAAAUAUCACUGCGCCAAGUUAUAUGUAAUAGUCAUCCAUAGCUAG